AUGCCGCUUGACAAACGCUCAGGAGGACCGUAUGCCUCUCCCAACGCAGCACUUGGGGGUUUACCCAGUGUUAUCCCCGACAUUCCCAUCUGCGCCGUCUUCAUGGCCCUCUAUAUCGGAUUUGCAGCUACAAACAUGACCAUCCUCCAGAAAAAUCGUCGAAGAAGCCACAAGUUCAUGAUAUCGGGAAUGUUAUUUGGUUUCUGCAUGGCAAGAACCACAACCCUAGUCUUGCGCAUUGCCUGGGCCAAUCGACAGCAUAAUGUCCGACUCGCCAUUGCCGCCAAUAUCUUUGUCAAUGCCGGUGUGCUCCUGGUAUACAUCAUCAACCUGAUUCUUGCACAGCGUAUCCUCCGAGCGAAACAGCCUCGAAUUGGUUGGAAUCCCAUUUUGCGGGUGGCAUACAAGAUCCUUUACGCCCUCAUCGCUGGAGCCUUGGUCAUGGUGAUCACGUCAACUGUUGUCAGCGUUUAUACGCUGGACAAGCAUACGCACUCGCAAUGCCGCGAUGUCCAACUGGCAGCCACGACCCUUCUUCUCAUCAUUACCUGUCUUCCUAUCCUGCAUAUCCUCGUUGCGUUUUUGUUUCCACGAUCCGAGCAGCAGGAAUCAUUCGGAAAAGGAAGUAUGACCAGCAAAGUCAUCAUCGUGGCUCUAUCAUCUGCGCUGUGCAUACUCAUAGCGGGCUUCAAGUCCGGCAUAAACUGGGAAACCCCUCGACCAGUCACCGACCCAGCCUGGUUCCAUUCCAAGGCCUGCUUUUACGUGUUCAACUUUGUCCUCGAGAUCCUUAUCCUUACUCUUCUGACUUUCAGUCGGAUCGACAAGCGAUUCCAUAUUCCCAAUGGAUCUACAAAGCCUGGGGACUACACUCGUCUGGAACUGCAGUUGGAUAAAGAAGAGGAAAUGGAUCAGGUUCCUGCUUCAGUUGAGAUGAAGAAUAGUGCGUCACCGUUAUGA